AUGACUCUCAGCCGUCCUCUAUACCUCCUCAUCAUCAUCGCAACAUCCUCAUUGCUGAUCGCCACUCUACAAGGCUGUGGGUCUCACGAUGACUCUUGCGAGAUCCUCCUUUCCAACGACCGAGGCAUCCGCUUCAAACGGAGCGAUGGUGCGGCACCAUCUGAGGGCACCAUUGGUGCCCUCAGAUUCUUCGAGUAUCGUUGCAGUGCCAGCAGUGAGUGGAAACGAUUCACAGGCCAUGACGUCCCCGAUUACGGGCAGAAAUGCUCUGCUUUAGAGGAGAAGAAAACGAUUCUCGACAUCACAGUCACCGGUCUGUGCAGCGUCCCAGCAAUCCCAUCCAACCUCCGCAUGGGUAUCGCCACACCUCCAAGGCAGAGACACGACCGAAUGAAAUUACGGGCCGAAUAA